AUGGCCGUAUCUGUGGACCCGCCAGCCCUUUUCGACCCGGUUCGCAACUCGGCCCCGCGACACCAUCAUCACGCAUCCUUCCUCCUUCAUCCUCGGACCGAGACUCCGAAAAUCGCCGCAGUCGGUUUCCAGACGACACCGAUGGUGAAACCGGAGCCUGGUGUUGGACCCAGAAAUCCGGGAAUUAGAAGAUUUGGGUUGAGAGCUGAAAUUGAUACUUCUCCGCCGUUCGGGUCUGUCAAGGAAGCGGUGACACAUUUUGAACGAGCCGGACCUAGGAGCUUUCACAAAUUUGGAGAGGCUCAAGAUUUUGACAUAAAAAGAGUGGAAGAAGAAGCAGCAAAGUUGGAAAAGGAUUUGAUAGUGAAAGAACUUGAAACACUUGAUGUGCUUGAAGAACUGGGAGCUACCAAAGCAAUUUUGGAGGACUUAAAGUUGCAGCUACAAUCAGAAGCAUUGAAUUGUUUUGCAACUCGAGGUGAAAAUUCAUGUGAACAGGUUGGAGCUGCUGUUAGAAAUUGUGUGAAUGGUAUCAACAAUGAAGAACAGACAUUGCAAAGUUCGAGUCCAUGUGCAACUUCAUCACCUGAUCUGUUCUUAGUGGAGUUAAGACAAGCUAAAAUGAGCCUUGGUAAAACCAUAAAUGAUCUUGGAGUGAUACAAUCUUCUGUUGAAACUUUGAAUAAGAAGAUGAAGAAGGAAAGGCUUUUUGUUGAGAGGACACGGGAGAAGCUAGCAUCGAAGUUUGCAGCUGUCUCUACUGAAGAAGUUACCAAAACAGAAGCAAGGUUUAAUCCACCUGAAGCUACUGUAGGAACAGGGAGGAGUUUUGAAUUUGAUACUGGACAGUGCAAUGGAAUGAGUGAAACAAGAAGCUCUGAAGUUUUAAGGCCCUUCUCUGAGUUUGGAGAUAAUGGAUUUAGUAUUAAGACUGCUGAAAUGAGGUGGUUUGCGGCUAAAAAGAUGGAAGAAGCUGCAAUGGCAGCAGAAGCCGUUGCUCUUGCUGAAAUUGAGGCCCUGUGUUGCCCUGAGAUAUCAUCUGAAUUUGCUCUUCCAGAACAUCAGAAAAUGGUCUUUGCCUUACGGGAGAACUCUCCUCUAAAUCCUGUUGGUCAAAUUCCUCAGGAGUCAACCUUGAAGACGAUAAUAGAUUCCAAGUUCCAAAUGGACAAAGUAGCUAUUUCUAAACUGGGUAUUUUGAAGAAGUUUGAGGAAGCAACAGAAGAAGUUCUACGCAGCAAACAAGUCUUGGCUGAGGCAUUAAACAGUGUUGAAAGUGCAAACAGAAAACAGCUUGCUGCUGAAGAGGCUCUUCGUAGAUGGAUUCCCGAAGAUGAUCUAAAAGGAAAGCCAUUGAUUGAGAGCAGCAUGUUUAAUCAAGCUGGAAAUUGUCAAGAUUCUCCUCUACCAGAUGUAAUCAGAUCGAUUACAACUAGCAAUGACCCGAAGCAGACCUUAAGGUCUACGGUUUCAAUGAGAGAGGUACUUAGUAGAAAGCAAGUUCCUGAAGAUUACACUACGACAAAGGAUAUGGAAGAGCACUCUGAAAGGAAGGUAGCAUUGAGUCAAAUGCUUCGAGCAUUGAGGAAGGAUCAAACUCUACCUACAAUACCUGAGAAAGAUGGGAGCAUUAAUCAAAAGCAAAAGCAUGUCACAGCACCUAGGAAAAAGUUUAGUUUCAUCCAAAUAUCAUUCCCCUUGGGAAAGCGAAGUAAGAAGACAUGA